AUGGGCGGCGGUGAAAGUCUCCCUGGGUUCCCCCACCCAAAUCCCACGGUAUCCUACUGGCAAGUGCCUCCGCACAAUAUCGCAAACCACCGAACAACAUCAGCCCUGCCAACGUCCAAUAAAUUCGACUAUAUUAUCGUGGGCUCAGGUAUCUCCGGCGCGGCCAUAGCACACAAACUCCUAACACGCAAUGCUGGCCUCUCGAUUCUUAUGCUCGAGGCCCGCACAUCGGCCUCGGGCGCUUCGGGCCGUAACGGAGGCCACUGUCGGGCUGGGUUUUGGCUUAACUAUAGCCGUUAUGUCCAGGCCCUAGGCGAAGACGAGGCGCUCAAGUUCGAGAGGUUCGAGGAGGCCAAUGUCCAGGACAUUGCGGAUUUUGUGCGCGACCACCAUGUUGAUUGCGAGUUUGCCAAUGUUGAAACAGCGGAUGUCUAUGUCACUCAGGAGAAGUGGGCAGCUGUGUUGGAUCUCCUUGAGGCCCGAGAUGAGGUUAAACGGCGGAAGCCCGAUCUUGCGCCCUCGAUUCGUCGUAGAGUCUUGCAUGGACAAGAGGCCAGGAAACAUAUGGGAAUGCCUGCCAUUGUUGGAGCCAUUACUUGGCCCGCCCAUACCCAGAACCCGUAUCGUCUGGUAUGCCGGAUGCUGGAGCUCAGCUUGGAGAAGGGUCUCAAUCUGCAAACCACAACGACAGCACUUGACAUUACUGCGCACGCACAAGGGGACGGUUGGCUCGUCAACACGGACAGGGGCACCGUCCAUGCAAACCGAGUCGUCCUUGCCACCAAUGGCUACACGAAUCCCCUACACCGUGGCCUGGCUGCUACGGGCUUCCUGACACCCGCAAGGAGCCAGAUUACUGCCUUGAGGCCUGGAAACAAUGUGCUAGAUGACCCAGAAGCACUAUUGCGCGGUAGUGCAGGGCUUAAUGACGCCGGCAGCGGUGACUACCUCAUGUACCAUGCUCAAGACCACCUUCUCAUCUACGGUGGCGGCAGAAGUCACUCCAAGACUGGUGAUCGUGACACCACGAAUGAUGCCAUAGUAAAUCCGGACAUUGCCAACUAUCUCCACCGUGCGCCUUCCCAGUUCUUUAGUCCCGAGGCGUGGGGUGACGACGGUCGUGUUGUCAGAGACUGGUCGGGUAUCACCUGCUACACACCCGACACGUUCCCUCUUGUCGGUGAAUCCCCGGGCCAGAAUGGAUUGUGGAUGUCUGUGGGUAUGAAUGGACAUGGCAUGGCUAUGGCCUUUCGUUGUGCCGAGGCUUUAGUAGAGAUGAUGACGACUGGGAAAGAACCGGAAUGGUUUCCAAAGUCAUUUAGGCUGCAGCGCGCAUGGGAGGAGCGGAGCCGUUGUUGA